AAUCUUUCGAAAUCAAAACCAACAAAUUAUUUGAUUCUAUUCCCAACUCAAAAACCAAGAGCAGAACAAAAAAAAAGAUGUCAUCUUGCACAGUUGUACUGUCGAAAUCGCCGGUCUUCUCUCCAUCAUCAACAUCAUCGUCUUCAUCUCCUCGCCUCGCUUGGUUCAACAAGCCGAGUUGCCGCCUCAGGGGGUUUGCCGGCGCCGAAUCAUCGCCUCUCUUGAAGAGGAAGAGGCCCGCGAGGCUUGAUAUUCCGGUGGUUGCGGCGCCGGAGAGGGAGUCGCCGGCGCCGCCGAUGGCUCCAGAAGUGGAUGAGGUGGAGGGAGAUGGCUAUUCAGUUUGUUGCAAGAGAGGGAGGAAGGAUGUGAUGGAGGAUCGUUUCUCUGCAACUCUUUCCCUUCAAUCCGAUCAAAAGCAGGCCUUUUUUGGUGUGUUUGAUGGGCAUGGAGGCGUUAGUGCAGCAGAGUUUGCAGCUAAGAACUUGGAAAAGAACAUAUUAAAUGAACUCGAAAAAAGCAACGGAAUUGAGGUGGCUGUGAAGAAUGGAUACCUUACCACAGAUUCCGAAUUCCUAAACAAAGAUGUUAGAGGUGGAGCCUGCAGUGUAACGGCGCUGAUCAAGAACGGCAAUCUCGUAGCGUCCAACGCAGGCGACUGCCGUGCAAUUCUCAGCAGAGGCGGCUCCGUGGAGGCCCUCACCUCCGAUCACCGCCCUGGCUUCCGCGAAGACGAGAGGGAAAGAAUUGAAAAGCUGGGUGGUUUUGUGGAAGAGCGUAACGGUGUUUGGAGAGUCCUGGGAUCAUUAGCAGUUUCUAGAAGCAUCGGAGAUCGAUAUCUUAAGCAAUGGAUCACAGCAGAGCCUGAGACUAAAGUGAUCAGACUUGAACCAGAUCAUGAAUUUCUUGUCCUAGCUUCUGAUGGAUUGUGGGACAAGGUGAAUAAUCAAGAAGCUGUAGAUAUUGCACGCCCUCUUUGCAUAGAUGUGGAAAAGGCUCAGGUUUUGGCAGCUUGUAGGAAGCUUGUUGAUCUUGCUGUUUCAAGAGGGGCUGUUGAUGAUAUUAGUGUGAUGGUUGUUAACCUUGGAGGAUUUUGUUAACUUUGAGGAAGUAGUGAUUAUAGAUUAACAAGUAGAGUUAGUUGUCUUAUGACAUUGUUUUGGAUGCUUACUGUUCUCUUAACUUCUCAGAUUUCAUACAAUGACUUAAUUACUGUACAGAUAUAUCAUGUAUUAAUGUAGAUGGCAUACUAGUUAAUAGCAUAAAUAAAAGAAUAUAUGUUUAUUAUUCA